ACAUAGAUACCGAUAAGAACUACGUGUACAUAAUACAUGUAUAAUCCGCAGGCUGUACUAUUCUUUCCGAACUUGAUGUCAUAUUAUAUGUCCUUGACAAUAUCCGGCUUCCGUGUGUGUGGACUUUGGUAACGAAAACGCGUGCCUAUUGAUUAUAAAUCCAACCCUGAUAACCUUAACUGAAAAACGUACAGAAAUAUUCAGCCAAGAAAAUGUCUGCGGAAUUCAAUAAAGCAGCAGAGGAAGUGAAGAAUUUGAAAACCAAACCAAGCAAUGAUGACAUGUUAAUAAUAUACGGCUUAUUUAAACAGGCAAAUGUAGGCGACGUUAACACAGCACGACCAGGAAUGCUAGAUCUUACAGGAAAGGCUAAAUGGGACGCUUGGGAGAAACAAAAAGGUAAAUCCAAGGAGGAUGCAGAGAAGGAGUACAUUAGCAAAGUAUCAGAAAUGAAAGGCACCUAUGGAUUUUAACCUAUACUGUAUAUGUAGAUUGUUAAACCAUGAGUUGGAUGGAUAUGACAGUUCCAGUAUUGUGAAAUAGAACAAAUAUUUUUUAAUUUUUUGACUGGCAUUUUUAUAUGAUUAAUGUGAUUCUACAUGAUUUUCUUUGAUACUUUUUUGUUUACUAAAUAUACAUUUUUUAUUUAUUAAUCUAUUCAAAAUGUGUGUAGACCUUACAUAUGUAUCAUUAAAUAUAAUACUUUAGUGAUAGCUAUUUUAGUUUUUGAAUUCUUAAAUGCUUUCAGGGUAUAUAGAUACUUUUUAGUUUCUUAAAUGUUGCAAUAAAAAGAUGUGUUCUGUAAAUCAUUUAAUGAAAAUACAAGUCGUAUUCUACUAAUCAAUAUUUGAAAGAUCUACAUGUGUUUCAUUUGUGAAUGUUUUUUGGAUUAAGAUGUUGAUCUCAAAAAGAUAUCUUCUAUUGCAUAGUUAAAAACUGAAAUGCUUCUAUCCAAUACAGUUAAAAUGUUAUACAUAAAAAUAUGGACCAUAGCUUUGAGGAAUACUGUAUUUAAUAUCAUAAACAAUAAAAAAUCAAAUGGAUUAAAAUCUACCCAUCAAAAACUACAUUUAGACUUAAUAUUAGUCGGAUAUUUCUACAUUGUUGAGAAAUCAAAUGUAUCUGUUGAUCAAUACAAGCUUUUAAAUUCUUCAAAUUAUAUACAAAUAUUUUUUUUAUGAAUAAAAAUGCUUUAUAUUAUA